AUGUCGCAUCCAUCGACAGGACUGAGAAAGGCUUCUUCCAAAGUCCGGCAGGCCUGUGACAGGUGCCACUCGCGUAAAAUUCGCUGUGAUGGACGUCGGCCAUGCAUAAAGUGUCAAGAGACAGAGGCCGAGUGUACGUUCUACGCGGUACCCAAGAAGACAGGGCCGAAAGGUCCACGGCAUACGCGUAAGCUGCAUCAUCGCCAACAACCUGUACCGUCCUCUUCGUAUCAGCGCGAUGGUGCAUCCCCGGAGAGAGAAGGCUAUCGUUUCGAAAAUAUAGCGCAAGCAAGGACAGACGGAUCCCCCCCGAGGGAUACAGCACACGAUAGUAACGGCUUUCGGCCUGCGGUUCAAGUAUCGACUGACAUUCUGCAAUGGUGCCUCAACGCCUUCUUUAAACACAAGUACCCGAUAACACCCAUAUUAUGUCGCCCGCAAAUGGAGGAAUGCCUUCAGGAGUUUCCCACCUCUCCCGAGAAGUACGGACUGCUGAUGGCUUGCUGCGCAGUCAUUGCCCUUUCACCAGAGAUAUUUCCACCAUCUGCCCAUCAUCAAAUUAACCUCCCCAAAGCCGACUUCUUUCUCUCGGAAACACUCCGAUCUAGGCGAUAUCACAACUUCGUCGAUAACUUGUCGUUAACUCAUGCCCAAACAUCUUUCUUUCUUUUUGCAGCGUUUUUCUGCAUCGAUAACGACAACGCGGCGUGGUUUUAUCUUCGGGAAUCCAUCACGAUCCUGCAAACAUUGCGUCUUCACGAAGAGGCCACUUACAACGACAUCAACGACACUGUUUUAGUCACGUAUGCGCGGCGCAUGUUUUGGGUUCUCUUCAUCACUGAAAGGGCAUACGCUCUGCAGAGGAAUAGACCGUUGACGCUUCAGAGCACGCUGAACCUGCCCAACGCCGACCCGCUCAGCUCGGAUGCGGAGAUUCUGCCGGGGUUCCUUGACCUCAUUUCCCUCUUCCGACCCUUCGAUACCGAGUUCAUUUCUACGUGGAACUCAUCAAUCCCAUCUGCUUCCCCGACAGCAGCAGAGCCAGGAGAACUGGCGAGGCUACAGAACACACUCAAACACGCUCUUCCCAGCGUGUCCAACUACUCCGAGACGCAACAGGCCGAUCUGCUCAUAUCGCGGCAAUGGCUCAAAGUCAUCGUAUGGAAGCUUUGCGUCUCCAAAACGCUCUUGUCAGGCACGAACAGCGACGACAGCAUGUCACUGAGCUACCCCUCCACGAUAGCCCGUGACGUCGUGCUCAUCACCCGGCGCCUGCCGACCAAAGCUUUGGAAGCCAACGGCAUCGGCAUCUUGGAGAAGGUGUUUGAUAUAGGGUGUUCACUGGCUGAUUUGUUAUCGUUGAGCCCAGCCUCUACCUUUUGGUCAGCCAUGGAUGUCGGCCCCAUCGACAUUUUGAUGGAAACGGUGAAAAUAGUGGGCAGGACGUUUGGAGGAACGUACAGACAUUUGGAUAUACUGGUCGAUAAGGCGAACUACAGCCUACUAAUGAAUGUCGAUAGAAGCCUACCUCUGCCUGUGGAUGUAUCUCUGGAAGAAUUGUAG